AUGGGUUCUUUAACCGAUCCUCGAGAGGAGCUUUUAGCGAAGAUGAAAUCAUGCUCGAUUGUUAUUCCUGAGUUGCAACCAAUGUUCACAAGUUGGCCGGCUGCUGUUAAUCCUGAAUGGAAGAAUAUUGUCUCUGAUAUGAAUGCUAGAAUAUCGAGCCUUUAUUCAGAUCCAGUUAAAGUAGCAAAGCUCCAAAGUUGCGAUUUCGCCUUGUUUGCAUCGGCUUGGUGGCCACGAGCGCCCAGAGAACAGCUACGGAUACUGGCCUAUCUGGCCUUCUGGCUCUUUAUAUGGGAUGACGAGAUUGAUGAAUCCACUGGAGCUUUGAGUAACAACUUUGUUGCUUCCGAGAAAUACCGAUUGGAUACUAUGCAUUAUGUUGCGCAAACACUGGGACUUCAUAAUACAUCCGAUACCGAUUCUAACAAACAUGGCUUCGUCCCUCUAAAUGCAAUCAUUCGCAGUUUUGAUGUUAUUGGCGAGGCAUUAUCCCAAGCCUACAAUAUUGAACAACGGAAGAGAUUCUUGCAGGAGAUGGACUUUUUCAUACAAAAAGCUCAAGUAGAGCAGAAGUCAAGACUUGAUGGCCGUAUCCUUUCUCUAGAAGAGUACUGGGAUAUUAGAAUGGGAACUAGCGCAGUAGGCGUAAUUAUGGCUGUUAAUGAAUUUAGUGCAAAUGUCAGAAUCUCAGAUGCUAUUAUGGAUCAUCCAGAUAUGAGAAUCUUAUGGGAUGAAUCUAAUAUUAAUGUAUCAAUGUAA